AUGGCUAUGAAAAUGCAACUCCGUGUGACACCCGAAACGAAGACACGAAAAAUGUUCGAGACGGUUCCAUUUCCACUCAACUUUACACUCUACAUAUUCAAUGUGACCAAUAAGGACGAAGUUUUAGCUGGCGGUAAACCUAUAUUACAGGAAAUUGGGCCAUAUUACUUUGAAGAACACAAAGAGAAAUUUGAUAUUGUGGAUAAUAAAGAUGAAGAUACCGUGGAAUACGAAUUCAAGAAUACGUACCAAUACAAGCCUAACAAAAAUGGUCCUGGUUUGACGGGCGAUGAAAUAGUCACCGUAGUACAUCCGUUUCUUUUAUCAACCAUACUAUUGAUCAAGAUAGAGAGGCCACAACUUUUGGAUUUCAUACAUAAGUCAGUGAAUGGCAUAUUGCAUAAUCCACAAGACAUUUUCUUCACAGGUCGUUUAUGGGAUUUUCUUUACGACGGCAUUUUCCUCGAUUGUUCUUCAAACGAGUUUGAAGUCAUUGCGGCAUGUUCUGAACUCGAUAGCGGUAACUACAGAGAAGUCAAGCGAUUCAAUGAAACCGCAUUCAAAUUCUCGAUGUUUGGCACCCAAAAUGGUUCGAGCAUUGGCCGUUACAAAGCGUUUCGUGGUAAGAAAAAUAUCCGUGACGUUGGUCGUGUUGUGGAAUACAACGGCAUAACCGAAAUGGACGCGUGGUAUGAGGAUGAAUGUAACGAGAUCACCGGCACAGAUGGAACGAUUUUUCCACCGUUUGCUGAGAAAGAGGAAGGAUUCUCAAUUUUCAUUCCACAAAUGUGCUCAGUAAUGACGGCUGAAUAUCACAGUCCUUCGAAGUAUGCUGGCUUUAAGACCAAUCACUAUACAUUCAGUUUUGAUGUUACAAAAUAUGGAUCACCCAAUUGUUAUUGUCGCGAUGGAGAAUUUUGCCCACCCAAAGGUAUAAUUGAUCUUUUCCCUUGUCUCGGGACGCCUAUUGCACUCUCAGCGCCACAUUUCUUAAAUGUUGAUCCAACUGUGCGUGACAAAGUGAUAGGAUUAAGUCCAGAUCAGGAAAAGCAUUUUGCUGGUACACCGGUCAAAGUAAAUGCUCGUGUGCAGAUCAAUGUCGAUGUUACGCCAGUUGAAAAUAUUCCCUUCAUGAAAAACUUGCAGCCGAUGCACUUUCCAGUCCUGUGGUUUGAUAGUGCUUUUGAGUUACCGAAAAAAUAUGUCAACAUGCUGAAAUAUCAACUCAUUUUGGGAUUGAAAAUUAAAAAUUGGAUCAAAUUUGGAUGUAUUUUUGGAGGUUUAUUUGGGGUAGUAUUAGGUGCAGUUUUAUAUAUCUUUCAAGAUGAUGGCGAAAAGCAUGAAACGCGUACGAUUUCAACCAAAUCCGAUUCGAAUAAAUUGAUCGAUAAUCCACAAGUGUUAUCAAUCGAAGUAAUUAGCAAUGAAUAAAUAAAUAUUAACCUUUGCUAUCUAGGACAACGUCUGAAUUGAACAAAUUAUUCAAGGAAUAAAAAAUGCAUUGAAUAAAACAAUUAUUUUACGCUUAAAAAACAUUGUUACUUCAGCAUUAAUCGAACGUAUUUGAGAUAUUACUUCAACUCUUUCGAACGCUUUGUACCAGUUCCA